UAGGUGUCCCCACGUUAUCUCUAAACCAUUAGCAACCAUGUAAUAGCAUAGCAUCCCCAAUUUCACCCUCUCAUGGCCAUGUCCACGCUCCUCUCCCUGUCCGUGUCUAUCCACCCACCAAAACCUUUGCAAAAACCCAAUUCAAUGUGUACCCAACCUAACUCUAUUUCGAGAAGACAAGUGUUUUUCACUGGUUCUAAUUUAUUGCUCUCUCAAUUAAUUCCAAAAUCCGACGCCCAAACCAAUUCCAAUAGUUUUCUUUCAGGUAUUGCCAAUACUAAGUCUUGGUUCCAAUUCUAUGGCGACGGCUUUUCUAUUCGUGUUCCACCGGAAUUUCAGGACCUCACUGAGCCGGAGGAUUAUAAUGCUGGCCUAUCACUAUAUGGAGAUAAGGCUAAGCCCAAAAAAUUUGCAGCACGUUUUGCUUCUUCUGAUGGAUCCGAAGUUUUAAGUGUCAUAAUUCGUCCAUCCAAUCAGCUGAAGAUCACUUUCUUAGAGGCUAAAGAUAUUACUGAUUUAGGUUCACUUAAGGAGGCAGCAAAAAUAUUUGUUCCAGCUGGCUCAACACUAUAUUCUGUCCGCACAAUAAAAAUUAAAGAAGAUGAGGGUUUCAGGACAUACUAUUUUUAUGAAUUUGUGAGAAAUGAGCAACACGUUGCAUUAGUGGCUGGUGUUAACAGUGGAAAGGCCGUCAUUGCUGGUGCCACGGCCCCCGAAAGCAAAUGGGCCGAGGAUGGUUUGAAGCUCCGAUCUGCUGCAGUAUCAAUGACAAUUCUAUAAGCAGAAUCCAAGGAUUAACAAUCUCCAUCAUCCAUUCAAUAGCAAUGUUUCUGCUGUUUUGCAAAGCUAUAACCUCACUAAAGAAAAAAAUCGGAGGAAGACCAACACUCUACGCUAUGGUUAAGCCGUAAUGAAAUUGCAUGACAAUUAUUCUUUAAAUCUUCAUCAUUUACAAUUAAAAUGGUAAGUUGCAUGUA